AUGGACCACCGAUCCAUUAAUGCAGGGCCUGCGAAGCAAUUAAAUUGGUUGGAUCUUCCGAACGACCUCACUUUGAUGAUCAUUGAGAAACUUACCACAUUUCAGAUCUUAACCAGCGUUCAGUUUGUGUGUCGCAAAUGGUGGCGCAUCUGCAUGGAUCCGCUCAUGUGGCGCACCAUCAACAUGUGCAAUAUUGGGAUUCGCAAUUCGGUGGACUAUAAAUUGGAGAAGAUGUGCCGCCAUGCAAUUGAUCGUAGUUGUGGCCAGUUGGUAGACAUAAGUAUCGAAUACUUUGGUACCGAUGAUCUCCUCAAAUAUAUAAUUGACUCAGGAUGUCAUAAAUUACAACGCCUGCGACUUGUUCAAUGCUUCCAUGGAAUUUCAGACAAAGGAUUAUGUGAGAUGGCUGAAAAGCUUCCAUUGUUGGAGGAACUUGAUAUUACCCUUUGUCUCGAAGUAUCUAGUAUUGCUUUAGAAGCAAUUGGCCGACGUUGUCCUCUUCUAAAAUCAUUCAAGUAUAACAACAAUGCUGGCGGUAAUAAAGAAGCAUUUGUUAUUGCACAAAAUAUGUCAAACUUACGCCAUCUCCAACUUUUUAAAAACUACCUCGACAAUAGUGGCUUGAGCGCCAUUCUUGAUGGUUGUCCUCAUCUUGAAUCUUUGGAUUUACGCCUAUGUUGUCAUGUCAAGUUGGAGGGGAAAUUGAGGACAAGAUGUGAUGAACAAUUAAAAGAUUUGAGGGAUCCAGAUGCACCUUGUGAUGACUUUCAAUUUUGGGGACUUUGCUUUGAAACCGCAUACGAUGAUGAAGUAUUUGACUAUGAAAAUGAGAAGCGGGCUCAAAAACAAGAAGCUCAAAAACGAGAAACAAGAAGAAUUAAUUCAGGAUCAAGUACGGGAAAGAAGAAUAAUGUUAAAUCCAAAAGCAAGAAGAAACGGUGA